UCUACAAUCACUUGUAUAAAUUACUGUUGAGGAGAGAACCCAUCGCCCUCGCCCCCAACAACUUAUCCGCCAUUUUUGUAUCUCCAAAAACCCUUCAUUACAACCGUUGCAGCUUCUGCCAUUUUAAUUUCUACCAGCUCUACAUUCAAUUUGGAUCGAAUCGGCAGCGUAAUUAAGCUUUCUAUCUCUCUAUCUGUUUGCUGAAAUUGGGAUCUUACCUGAGAUGUGGAGAUCACCGCGAAGAUCUAGACGUGAUAGUGAUAGCGAUAGCAUUGAUGGUUCAAUCCGUAGAUCAUCCUCAAAUCUCAACUUCUGUCAUCGAUCUUUUAAAGAUGUCGAGAAUCUCUUUGGUGAUGAUGAUGAUGAUAAUGGUACUAACGGUUUCAAUAAAACCCUAGAUCAACCGUGCUCCAACAAAACCGUCCGAAGACUAUCGAUCUUCCAUCGAGUUCACCUCGCUAAUCAAUUCGCGCGCGCCUUCUCAACCAGACAAGUCCCUAAUCCGGAGAAGAAACCUCCACCGGAAUCAAACAAUGCCGUGGCGGCGGAGAAAUUGGGGAAAUCUGACCGCCUGAUUUCGAUUCCGGGAGCCGAAAAGCGAGUUGUGGUGUACACGACGAGCCUACGCGUGGUCCGGCCGACGUUCGAGGCUUGCCAUACCGUCCAAUCGAUCUUACGAGGGUUCCGUGUCUCGAUCGACGAACGAGAUUUAUCGAUGGAUUCCAGAUUCCUAGACGAGUUACAGAACAUCAUGGCCGAAGGCGGUGAGGAUGAGAUCGAAAAAAGCAAACUAACCCUACCUAGGGUUUUCAUCGGCGGUAGGUACAUCGGAGGAGCCGAAGAGGUCAAACAACUGCACGAAACCGGCGAGCUAAAGAAGUUCAUUGAAGGUUUACCGGCGGUUACUCCCGGCGUAUGCGAGGGUUGCGGCGACUUCAGAUUUAUCCUCUGCGACGAGUGCAGCGGAAGCCACAAGUGCUACACGGAGAAAGGUGGCUUUAGGAGUUGUACGUUGUGCAAUGAGAAUGGUUUGAUCAGGUGCCCAUUUUGUUUGGGCCGUUAGAUCAAUGAAUGAUCUUUUGACUAUCAUUAUUAGGACAAAUUAUAGACAUAAUUCUAGAUUAGUGAGAGGGUUUAUUUUUCUUAAUGACCAUUUUUCUUUCACACUUUUUUGCAUUUUCUUUGAAUAUUUGUAGGGUUUAAGGUUUAUAGUUUAUGAUCGAUCGAUGAUUUGAUUGUUGC